AUGGACGGGCGCGGUUCUGCGGCUGCUGCGGCUGCUGCACCGGACCAACCCCGACCGCCGCGGGCCACCGCCCCGCAGAGGCUGCUCAGCGCCCCGUCCGCGGCCCCGCGGCUCUGCGUGAGGCCCUGGUGGUUCCCCGCGAGGGAUCUGAGCGAGCCUCUGCUGCUCUACCUGGAGACCUGGCUGGUCGACGCCAUCUUCGGCCCAGACCGGAUGGUAAUCCCAGAAAUGGAGUGGCUGAGUCAGGCCUUGCUGAGGGUGGACACGGUGGACACCGGGAACCUGGCCGAAAUCACCAUCUUUGGACGGCCGCGGGAACAGAAUCGCGUGAAGAACAUUCUCUUGAACCUGGCGUCAUGGCACAAAGAGCACCGAGUCCAGCGAGCUAAGAAGAUGGAACAACUUGAGGAGUUCUUGAAGGUUCAUUCCUCAAUUCAGCCCCUCCUGGCGCCUGUUGAAAAGGGAGUCCUAGUCAGGAGCACGGUGAGGGUCAGCUCUGCUUCUGCCCCUGGAGUUGAAAAGGAACAAGUCUUCUGA